CCCCGCAGAAUCACUUCGCGCCGCGACGCCAAGCGGCCACCCGCAUCCGUGUAUACGCGGCUGGUCCAUGUGCGUUCGACGUCGUCGCGUGGGACGCCGACGACGACGAGGACGACGAAGACGCGUCAGUACAGUGCAGCCUCGCGCGUGUUCUCGGGCAUCCGGCAUUGGCUCCGGUCCAGUCAAUCCUUGGGACGAGCCGAUUUGAUUCAGAGGACGCCGAUAAAUCGAGAAUAGCGUGCACACAGUGGUAACGCGUGUCGCGGUGCGCCGCUUGAUUCGGGAUCAAUUGACCAGGAUUUAGUGGAACGAUGCGACAGCCGUGUGGCACCGGCGUGGUCGCGAUGAUCGCGGCCGACGAUUCGCGCGAGAUCGAGGAAUUCACGGAGCGUGGUGAUCGCCGCGGCUGCAACGGAUUACGGUUCUAUUUCGACGCGACGCAGCGGCCUGCUUGAGGAGAGCCUUCCGACGCUUCCGUCUAUCGCUGCGCGCCGCGUUGAUACCCGCGAGCACGGCUUAAGCCGUCCACGGAUGCGUCCGGGACCGAUCCGCGGGAUUUCACGCGCGAUUUAUCCGGCUGGAUCGUUCCUCUCCCCGCCGGGCCCCGCAGAGCUGGAUCAUCCGGUAAUCCUGGAGAGUGCGACGACCGACGCCGCGGAGAACUCGAGUGGACCCGUCGCGACGGCCCGUGUCGCUGGCCUUUGAAACUAGCACGCGACCGACUGCGGGGUGCGAUGAUCGUCGGUUGAACCGGCCGCGAGAAUGUUUUAGAUGGUUUCCUCCCGGUGUGCCCGCGAUCGGGAUACGUGUUAACUGGAGCGAGUUGCGUAACACGGCGCACAGUGUGUAACUAGAGUAGCGUGUUAGGGGGUUUAUCGGGCCGGCCGGAAGACCGAUUUCAAAGCUGAAUUAACCCGAUCCGCCGACGGGUGUUCGUUCGGCUCUCGGCGGGGUGCGCGCCGCGCUGACCAGAAGCGGUCCGACCUGUGAAACGAUCGACGGUGAUACGACGUGUGAACCAAGUGUUAAAAAUGUGGUGUCGUUGGCUCGCCGUUCUGAUACUCGCUGCUUUUCUCCUGGUUAUCGAAGGGAUCGCGGUCAGCCAAGGUAACUUUGCACGGGAGCAGAAGCUGCUGGCAGGGAACGUCUUCAGCAGCCAUAACGUCACUAACACGCCGACGUUCGAGACGAACGUUCCUCGAAACGUGACGACGGCGGUCAGCCAGACCGCUUUUCUUCAUUGCAGGGUUCAUCAGUUGGGUGACAAAGAGGUGUCCUGGAUGCGUAAAAGGGACAUGCAUAUCCUGAGCGCGGGCAUUCUCAUGUACACCUCGGAUCUGAGGUUCCAAGUGAUCCAUCUGGACAAGUCCGAGAACUGGACCCUACAGAUCAAGUCGCCCCAAAAUCGCGACUCCGGGGUUUACGAGUGUCAGGUCAGCACGGAGCCGAAGAUGUCGCUGAACUACACCCUGAACGUGAUCGAGGCACGCGCCAGAAUAAACGGCUCGUCGGACAUAUACGUGAAAACCGGAAGUAUUCUCACGCUGACCUGCCUGAUGUCCCAGGGGCCUCACGAUUUGGGCACGGUGUCUUGGUUCCGUGGUAGCCAACCGGUGGUCACGUCGCCGCAUUCGGAGAACGAUGUGGACGGUAAACCUCGUAUCACUGUCGAAACCGAGUGGAGCGACGCCCUCACAUCGACAUUGAGUAUCAGUCAUGCGAAACUACACGACUCGGGAAUCUACAGUUGUGUGCCCACCGUGGCGCAGAAGGCCAGCGUCAACGUACACGUUAUCAAUGGGGAGCAUCCAGCUGCAAUGCAGCACGGCAACACGGCAGCAGGCUCGCCGACAUCGAAGACGGUCCUCGUGAUGCUCGCCUUCUUUUUGGGUCAAUUGAGAUAAUGUGUGUGUUCGCGUACGUGUCGUCUGCGCGUGUGUCCACGAGUGAGCUGUCCACGAACGCGUGCGUGUGCGUAUGCAUGGGAACAUGUGUGUGCGUAUGAGCACGAGACCGGAUCUCGACACGAUGAAUCUUAUUGCCCGAGUGUUAGGUGAAAUUCGAUGGAUCGUCGGACACAAUAAGACAUGUAGAGUCGUACCACCCCUCCCCCCCCGAACCACCCUCGCCCCUUUCACACCGGCCCCAAACCCGCACCCGUCGCCGUUUGUGUCGCGAUCGAGGAUCGCGAUCGAUGAUGUGUCGAGGAGCGAUCAUCGGUGAAGAAGUUCUCUCGCGCGCUCCAUCGAGACGGAUCCCUCUCAGGAGAAGCGAGUCGGUGAGUUCCUUCCUUUUCCGUUCGCCGGAUCUUCAAAAGGGAAUCGUCGAUCACAGAGCGUGAUGCCACUCGUUGUUUUACGAAACGUCGCCGCGAUCGUUCGAUUAUUUUCCAUCGCGCAGCUACGGGUGCCGCACGGCGAAUCCGCGUGGCACGGAGAAUUCAGCGAAACGUAAUCCUCCCUGAUCAGCGAUCGACGGCUGCGAUCGCGGCGCGACGCGAAUCGAAUGGCCGGCGAAUGGUCAUAUUUGUUCGAGCAAUCGGAAGUUGCGAUUAAUAAAUAACAGGUGUAAUCAGACCGACCGAGAAUGCGAUUAACCGGCUAAUCACGGAACCAUUACGCUUCGGAUUAUCGUCGAAGCUAUAAGUUCAUUACGCCGUCACGCGUCAUUGUGCCGCGUCCGCGUUGCUCAUCCCCGGCACGGUAUCCGGAACGGAUACUUUUUUCUUUUCUGUCGAACUGCGCGCGACGCUACGAUCGCGAACGUUAAUCGUCGCUUUUUGUUACUGUGAUUAUCGUUAUCGUCGGCGAGAGAUACCGUCGAUCGACGGUCGAUUUUUGUUGGCGGACGUCAUAUUGCACAGCACUGGCAAACCGUUCCCCGAAACGAUCGUGGCUAAUUCGUCUCGUAAUUGGACACAGGAACUGCGUCGACAUUUGUUUGCGUUUUAAUAAGUAAUUUCAACGAGUUAGGAAUAGACUGCGGAUCUUUGUGCGAUGAUAAAAGUGUUCUUUUAUCAAUUGCAGCAAACGAGAACCAAAUAGGAGUUCCUUUCUUUCUUUAGUCAGUUCAGUAUGGUGAAAAUAAUUCAUGAA